AUGACUUCCGCGUUGGACAGUGAAAUCGUCAGUAUUGACAUUUGUGUAUCCCGACUUAUCUCACCACCUACUCCAACUACUGCCCGCUACAUCCCGACUUAUCCCACCAUUGACUCCAACUACUGCCCGCUACAUCCAGACUUAUCUCACCACCUACUCCAACUACUGCCCGCUACAUCCAGACUUAUCCCACCAUUGACUCAAACUACUGCCCGCUUCAUCCCGACUUAUCCCACCAUUGACUCCAACUACUGCCCGCUACAUCCCGACUUAUCCCACCACCCACUUCAACUACUGCCCGCUACAUCCCGACUUAUCCCACCACCAACUCCAACUAUUGCCCGCUACACCCCGACUUAUCCCACCACCCACUCCAACUACUGCCCGCUACAUCCUGACUUAUCCCACCAUCCACUCCAACUACUGCCCGCUACAUCCCGACUUAUCCCACCAUCCACUCCAACUACUGCCCGCUACAUCCCGACUUAUCCCAACACCCACUUCAACUACUGCCCGCUACAUCCCGACUUAACCCACCACCCACUUCAACUACUGCCCGCUACAUCCCGACUUAUCCCACCACCCACUUCAACUACUGCCCGCUACAUCCCGACUUAUCCCACCAUCCACUCCAACUAUUGCCCGCUACAUCCCGACUUAUCCCACCACCAACUCCAACUAUUGCCCGCUACAUCCCGACUUAUCCCACCACCCACUUCAACUACUGCCCGCUACAUCCCGACUUAUCCCACCACCAACUCCAACUAUUGCCCGCUACAUCCCGACUUAUCCCACCACCCACUUCAACUACUGCCCGCUACAUCCCGACUUAUCCCACCACCAACUCCAACUAUUGCCCGCUACAUCCCGACUUAUCCCACCACCCACUCCAACUACUGCCCGCUACGUCCUGACUUAUCCCACCAUCCACUCCAACUACUGCCCGCUACAUCCCGACUUAUCCCACCAUCCACUCCAACUACUGCCCGCUACAUCCCGACUUAUCCCACCACCCACUUCAACUACUGCCCGCUACAUCCCGACUUAACCCACCACCCACUUCAACUACUGCCCGCUACAUCCCGACUUAUCCCACCACCCACUUCAACUACUGCCCGCUACAUCCCGACUUAUCCCACCAUCCACUCCAACUAUUGCCCGCUACAUCCCGACUUAUCCCACCACCAACUCCAACUAUUGCCCGCUACAUCCCGACUUAUCCCACCACCCACUCCAACUACUGCCCGCUACAUCCUGACUUAUCCCACCAUCCACUCCAACUACUGCCCGCUACAUCCCGACUUAUCCCACCACCCACUUCAACUACUGCCCGCUACAUCCCGACUUAUCCCACCACCCACUUCAACUACUGCCCGCUACAUCCCGACUUAUCCCAACACCCACUUCAACUACUGCCCGCUACAUCCCGACUUAUCCCACCACUCACUCCAACUACUGCCCGCUACAUCCCGACCUAUCCCACCACCCACUUCAACUACUGCCCGCUACAUCCCGACCUAUCCCACCAUCCACUUCAACUACUGCCCGCUACAUCCCGACUUAUCCCACCACCCACUUCAACUACUGCCCGCUACAUCCCGACCUAUCCCACCAUCCACUUCAACUAUUGCCCGCUACAUCCCGACUUAUCCCACCAUCCACUCCACAACCUAG